CGCGCAGGCGGCGGCGGCGCCACCGCCGCCGGCGCCGCGGCCGCGCGCCGGCAGCAGCAGGAGUCUGCCGCGGCGGCCGCGCAGCUCGCCGGCGGCAUGCUGGCGCUGCAGCAGGUGAUCGGCAGCGCUUUGGGCGCGCAGCACGUGUCCGCGGCGACCGCGGCCGCCGCCGCAGCCGCCGCAGCCGCGGCAGGCGCCUCGGCUAUGGGUCAGGCGUAG